UUAAAAUAUUUUGUGUUUUCUUGACCCAUGGGCUUCACCUCAAAAGUUACUGCUGCUUUCAAACUGCACCCAGGGUUCUUUCUGAUUCAUUCAGCAUUCAAGCCACGUUUGAUACUUUGGAGCAGGCUACGUUUGAUCCGGGCUGGUGGAACCUGCCAUAUUUCUCAGCAAACAUGCAAACAUGAAGCAUCUUUCCUGCUGUUUUAUAAGAUUUUGCCGAUUUCACCAGCUGCGAGUUCCAUUAUAUUCCGUUUGCUUGGAAAUUGGUUCAAAAUUACUAGUACACAACAGUUGGGAGUUCCAUUGCAGAAAAUGUCGAGGCAGUUGCACACAAAAUGUGUUCCACCAAGUAUUUGUAGGGUAUCCACAUUAACAUCAAUGGAUAUCUUUUCAUUGAUACUUCGGCUUUUUGCAGUGCCUGGGUGUUACCAAACAGUGAUCAGAACCGAGAUAUUGGGGUGCCAGCACGGUUAUUUUGAUGUUUUCUGGCAAGUACUUUCACCUUUUUCAUUGAUAGAAGAUGGAAUCAUCAGGACCGUCUCUGGAGAGACCCCCAUCAAAUUUAUUGGUGCUGAUUCACACAAACCUUCUUUGCCAAUGUCUAAUCUGAUGUAACUUUUUGUACAUAGAAGAGAUUGUAACUUUUUUUAGAUAGUUAUUACUACUAGAAAUAAUCACAAAAAACUAAAAUUUUCUUGGAGUUA